AUGCGUGUCUCUCGCUUCGUUUCAUCCUGUAGAUUGUUCAAAACGCGCACUCCCCUGUACUCCUACUUGUGUGUAUCUAUCUUCAACACUUUUCUUUUUUUUUCUUUUUUUUUUUGGCUCGCACUUUCUCUUCUGCCCUGUCCUCCCUACUUCCAUUUACGUCUUGUUCUGCCGAAAAGAGUCGCGCGUAUCCUUGCGAACAAGCGCUCAAAUCCAUUGCAUGCUGCAUCGUUCCGCUCGACACUCUACUCGACACCUCUUCGCCUCCCCAACGUCUACAUUUGCGAGUCGCGUACAAGACGGAAAUCGCGUCACGACGUCGUCAUGCCUCUUAUCAGUCUCGGCUCGUUUCGCGAUUGUACUUCGCUGAUCAAAACUGUCCUAGCGUUGAUGGUUAGUCGUUAA